GAGGAGCCAUUUUGUUGUGAGAGAGACGAAGCGGAGGAGAGAGUGAACAUCUCAGCUGUGGUGUUGGGGCGAAGAGGUUGUUGACUCCUGUAGGAAGUAACUUCUUCACCAAACAGCUGCAGCUGGUAUAGUACGUGGCGUUUUCACCCACAAAUCUUUAAGGAAGUCGGAUUGGCUAGCAGUUCGCAACUUUGUGGUUCCACUGGCUAAACGCCUGUAAAUAUGACGUCCUGGCCAAUCAUUGCGUAGGAGGCGGGAGUUACAGAAUGCGGGUGGUAGAAGCAAACCGCAAAACAAUUGAUCGGCCGCCAUAUUGUGAACGCCAGCUCUUUGUUUUGAUUUAAGGGCUUCCGGUAGCGCAGUGUGUGCCGAGGUGAGUUGAUGUUCAGCUCAGCUUCACGACAAAACGCUGCUUUUUGGCACAUGAACACCAUCAACACCAUCACUACCAUCAACAUCGAGCUAAACACGUGUGCAGUGAGAAGUAGACGGACUACUUCGAGGACCUGGAGACAGAUCAGUGACGAGACAGUGAGAAGGAGAAACCUCUGCACAGGCAACUUUACCACAACAACAGAGAGGUGACAUCCAGCACAGUCAGAAUGGGAGGUGGUGAGAGAUACAACAUUCCAGCGCCCCAUCCCGAUCACUCGGCCUCCACAAAGCACAGCCACGUCGGCAAGGCCAAGUCGAGGAUCCGGAACCAGCGCGCCGGCGCAUUUCCUGCGUCUCCCGGUGCUCAGAUGACCCCCGAGAAACAGGCGGAGAAGGAGAACUGCGGCUCGGUCCGUUUCUCCUACAGCGAUCAGUGCUGGGGCGGAGCCGUGACUCACCUGAACAACAUCCUGGUCACGCACUGCAGCCACGCCUACGCCGGCGCCAAAUUCAGCGAGCCUCCUUCCCCCAGCGUGCUCCCAAAACCUCCUAGUCACUGGGUUUCCCUUCCCAUGAUUCCCUGCGAUCGGCGUGAGAUGAUGGCCUUUCAGUUAAAGAGCCUCCUCAAAGUGCAGGCGUAAAAAAAAAAAAACCCACAAUGUUAACAAACAUCAGCGACUUCGUCAGGCUCCGCCCCUCCUGCAACGCUGCAGCGCCAUGAUAUCUAUUUUAAGCGGGACCAUUUCUGCAAACGGUUCCUUUUUAAAUGUAAAUAGUUUUUUUAAAGGUUCGGGCGGGUAUUGCAUCGCUGCGGCCUUACAGGAGGGUGGAGUUUAAAUGUGUCAAUCAACGAAACGCUCAACUGGAUCUCCUUCUUGCUAAUGUUAGGUUUUGUUGUUUUUGUUGGCCGUUAACGUGUGAGAGAGUGUGAGAGAGUGUGAGAGAGUGUGAGAGAGUGUGAGAGAGUGUGAGAGAGUGUGAGAGAGUGUGAGAGAGUGUGAGAGAGUGUGAGGGCGAUGGGACAAAUCACUUCACACGAACGUGUGCAUCACAAUAAUCAUCGUUUAUAUUUCAGCACAGACAAGUUUUGAUGCGAAUCUGUGUGUGUGUGUGUGUGUGUGUGUGUAUGAUUUAUCCUCACAGCAUGGUGCGCACACACACCUUGUGGUUUCAGCUCCUGUAAUUUUAUAAUUCGCGCUGUGCGCACUGCACUAUGGGGGUUGAAAUUCUACGAGGUGUGUAAAUAAGCAGCGUCUCCUUUCUCUUUAUUCCACCAAUCAUCAGUGUUUAAGUUCCGUGACGUAAUCCAGUGUACAGUUUAGUUUCAGACGGGUUUAAAGGAGCGCUUCUGAGGGCUCUUAUUAAAGUAAAGUACUAAUCACACCACCGCCACAGAGCCGUGACCUCAGCACACGCUUGUCUGGAGGAUUUACACCACAGAGGAGAUUUGAACACGAUCAGUGACGUACGUAGCUUUCUGGUGAACGAUGCGGAGGAAGGCGGGUGGGGGCGGGGCAUCGGGGUGUCGAUCAUCUCGCUGUCUUGCUUCGUUCGCCUGUUUGCCACGGGGCGCGUCGCUAACAUCGUGUAGCAAUUAAUCCGUUUACCUUUUUAAAAAGGGGCCAAAUUUUUAGACUCAUUCAACCUGUUCUUUGCCUUGCACUGUGUCCAUGUUGUGAGCGUGAAGUACCCCCACCCCCCUGCUUCUUAUUUCUGUAUAACGUGUUCAGGCGUGUGCUGUAUCGGAUCCGCUGCCCGAUAACCGUCCGAUCUCAUCGCUUUACGCUGAUGGUGGACCUAAAAACAGUAGAUGGUUUAAUAUGGAGCGCGCUGGCGCUGUAUCGCAGGUUUAGAUGUCAGUACGAUCACAUCACUUCCUCUGACAGGUUUACGUUAUCCACGAUGCGUUACGACGAUAACCGUGGAUUAUUUCUGCCAUUACGCCGUGGAUCUGAUUAUCGGCACUCGCCUGAACACGGCGUCCCUCCUCUGCACACGGCGUGUUAGCGGCCAGCCGGAAGACGACUCUGAGGAGCCGUGUAAAUAAUGAGCUGUAUAAACCUGUAGUAUACUGUAUAUUAAACGCAGGGUUGUUUUAAACCUGCUGAUAAAGUAUUUUUAGUAAUAACACUGAAUGUAAGUCACGCAGAAGACGUGGCUUGAUUUGAAAUGCUGAAAUUAUUUUUGUCUAAAAAAAGAAAAUAUUUGCCUGUAGCGAGUCUCUGCCUGUGAUCCUGCACAGCUGUUUAUUACUGAACACGCAGACCGGGAAACAAGCUGGAAGUGCAGAGUUUAUAAAAUAUAUAUGUUCAAAUUCCACAGACUCUUUUACACACACACACACACACACACACACACACACACACACACACCAUUUUCAAAUAAGAACCAUGGGUUUGUUUUGUUUUUCCAAGAAAUAUUUUGUCUUGAUUGUUUCAGUAAGUUGUAACGGACGCAGGUGUAUCAGGUGUGAGUUUCUUCCUCCGCAGACUCGCAUUUGAAUACAGCGCUGUAAUGUUUUUGUUUUAAUUGAUUUUCUUAUGUGUGUGUGUGUGUGUGUGUGUGUGUGUGUGUAUAAAGGUAUCUCAGCCUUCCCUAAUAAUUGGCAUGUAAUAAUUUGUCCCAAACUUGUAAGAAAGUCACUUUAGGAGGGAAAAAGAAAAGUUAAAGCCCAUUUUAUUGUAAUUGGAAUGUAGUAAAGUUUUUAAAGCACUGUCUGAUUUGGUUAAAAAAUAAAUAAUAAAACUCCUCCCCUUUCACCCCCCAAAA